UGCCAGUAGUGGAAUGGAAAAUAUUAUUCAGAAAAAUUAUAAGGAAAAAAAAAAAAAAACACCCACGCGAUUUCAAGCUAAGCUCAGAUUCUCUUUCCUACCUUAAAAACCAUGAACUCUCUGUCUUUCUGUUUGAACUUUCACUUUGCAUCUUCUUUGAUUCCUUCUUUGAGGAGGCUCCAUUCCAAGGUGUCUGUAAUAAAUGGCUUUGGUUACAACUGCUGAAGUCUGUGAUGCAAAUCCACAGCUAAUUGUAAGCGGUGAACUUCGGGCUUUCCAAUCAAUAUUCCAGAUAUAUGGUCGUCGCCCGGUCUUCUCUGGACCUAUAGUUCCACUCAAAGUAUAUGAAGACAAUGUUUUGAUUCGUGAGUUUCUUGAGGAGAAAGGUAAUGGCAGAGUUCUGGUUGUAGAUGGGGGAGGUAGUUUUAGGUGUGCCAUACUUGGGGGCAAUCCUGUAGUUCAAGCUCAAAACAAUGGAUGGGCCGGAAUAGUGGUUAAUGGCUGUAUAAGGGAUGUUGAUGAGAUAAAUGGUUGUGACAUUGGGGUGAGAGCUCUUCAUUCUCAUCCAAUGAAGGCAAAUAAGAAGGGAAUUGGGGAGAAACAUGUCCCAAUAACUGUUGCUGGGACUAGAAUCUGUGAUGGGGAGUGGCUUUAUGCAGACACUGAUGGUAUCUUGAUCUCUAAAACUGAGUUAUCUGUUUGAGUGUCCUUUUCUACCCAAACAUCUAAUCUGCAGAGCACCUUUCCUUGCUGGUAAGUUAUGUAUGCCCUUUGGUCAUUCUGCUCCUGAAAUGAGAUUUUGAACAUUGCGCAAAGUUGUGUAAUGUACUUAUUAAUUUGUGACAACGAAAGUAUGCUGAUCUCUUUGUCUAUCACCAUAAUGCUAUUUGUGAUAUCAUUGUGAGUAGGAACUGCGACCGUCUGUAAUAAUAUUUUUUUGGUAAAUGAAGAUAGUUAUUAACUUCAAUCCAUUUUUGGCCCUAAACAUUGUUUGAGUGUGAAGAUAUAUGACUCAAGAACAGAGCAUUAUGAAACUGUAUAUUGUAUAGAUAAAACAAAAGACAUGAUUUUUUCUCUACACA